AUCAGCAUCGUUCCUAAACCGACAAAACGGCACCCCAUACGCGUGUCCCUCGACGCGAACGAAUUGUUAUCUACCUUGUUUCUGAUACUUUUUGUUCGGACGCAGUGACACGCGAGUGAACAAUACAAUUUUUCUUGUUUUCUUUUGCUUGCUUCUCGGCAAUCCAAACCGAAAAAAAUGAGAAACACGCGAAUUUUCUUCCACUCUUUGAACGUUUGAAAAGCAUGGAGACGGACGACGACGAAACAGAAUGUCAUCAAACUAUUUAAUGGACAAGCCAAGAUGACCGAUUUACCGAAACGGUUCGUCUUUUUACUCGGAUUCUUAGUUCGCGCAAUCGUUUGCGAUUGUCCUCGAUUGUGCGAAUGUAAAUGGCGGGAUGGAAAGGAGUCCGCGGUUUGUGUAAACGCGAAUUUAACCUCGAUUCCGAGUCAAUUGGAUUCGGCUACGCAAGUAAUCGAUUUAACGAAUAAUUACAUUCCGAAUUUGAAGGAGGACGAUUUCAGUAAAAUCGGAUUGUUAAAUCUUCAGAAAAUUUACGUUGCAAAGUGUAAGUUGAAAACGAUCGAUAAGUUCGCGUUUCGGAACUUGAAGAAUCUCGUUGAGCUCGACUUAAGCUACAAUCUUAUCACCUCGGUUCCUUCGCACGUUUUCGGCUCGAUUCAGGAAUUAAGAGAGUUAAAAUUAGGUGGAAAUCCGAUACAAGGAAUUCCAAACGAAGCCUUCGACGGAUUACAACAUCUCAUACGAUUGGAAUUAUCCGACUGCAAGAUCUCGUCGAUCAAUCCGAACGGUUUCAAAGGAUUAGAAGGAUCACUGACGUUCCUUAAAUUGGACAAUAACAAACUGAAGGAGUUGCCCGCCAACUCAAUCUCUUCCCUUCGGCGGUUACAAGGUUUAGAGUUAAAUGGCAAUCCGUGGAACUGUUCUUGCGCAUUACGACCCCUUCUCGAUUGGAUGUCGAAACAAAACGUACCAUUUGGAGUGCCUCCUAGUUGUCAAUUCCCGGAAAGGCUCGAAGAAAAACCGUGGGAUAAACUCGGACUCGACGAAUUCGCUUGCGUCCCAGAAAUAUUCGCGUACAACUCGAAAACGCAAGGAGUCGAAGGCAAAAAUGUUACGAUGACUUGUCGGAUAACGGGAAUCCCAGAACCGAGUGUGAGAUGGCUCGUUAAAAACCGAGUUAUAGCCAAUUUAUCCGGAACUACAUUUUCAAACGGAAAAAAAUUAUACAUCGUUCAUCUAAAAAAUAACUCCAGCAACUUAACCAUUUUAACAGCCGACCUACAAGACGCCGGCGUUUACAUUUGCUCCGCAGAAAACAAAGCUGGUAAAGCAGAAGCCAGCGUUACCUUAGCGGUUUCACGAAGACUCGUCGAUAACACCACGGCAAAAACAAUCUUCGUAAGCACCAUAGCCGGAUGUGUACUUGCGUGUACGUCUUGUUUAGCAGUGCUUUGUGUAUACGCCAUGCGAAAGAGACGCGAAAAUGUGUCUUGGAGGCGAUCGGAUCGAUGUAACGAGGAGAAUUACGAAAAAAUCGAGUUAAAUAAUAAAGUUAGUGAGAUAUCCGUUGUGAGCGGGCAGAAAAAGAACGGUGAGUACAGGGUGGUUCCCGCUGGGGAUACCGAUCAAGAAGUUGAAGAUGAAGAGGAUCACAGUGAAGAAAACGGUGGAAAAGAAAGGAAAGAAACGAAAUUUUGGACUAUGAGUCGAUCGAGUAGUCCCGAAAAUGAUGAAGUUGGGAGAAAAACGAAAAAAGAAUUGAAAGAACUAAAAGAACCAAGGUUUGUUAAUUCUAUUUGUUAAUUCAUUCAGCGUUGCCAACCUUACCGAUUUAUCGGUAA